GCCGCUGCCUCCUCCUCCUCCUUCGGUCGUCCUCGCCUCUGAUUGGCUGCCCUUUGCGGGUUGAGGAGCUCCACAGCGCCUCUCACUGCUCCGGGACGUCGUGGCGCAGAGAGCAAUCGCAGCCUGGCCGCCGAGCGGAGCAGUGAUCCGGGGUCGGAGAGAGGGCGGAUGAUGUGAUCGGAUGCGGGCGGCUACAGCUUAGGGGCGGACUGGCUCUUAAAAGACGCUCCGUGACCGUGGGUACUGCUCACUUGUGUCGUGUCGUCGUGGGGGUGGAAGACAACUGAAGCCCCCCCCCCCCCCCCCCACACCCCUUGUGGAGGCUGAGCUAAGCGGUCUACCAUUGCAGUGUGCAUCCAGUCAGCCAUGAUGUCUGUGCAAACCCCACCCCUCUCUCGCUCAGGCUCCUCCCCCUCCAAUGUGGGUCUGUCCAACCGCAGCGGCCCCUCUGCCACCCCUCCCACUUCACUCAGCCUGCGCUCCUCAUACAAUCAACUGCUCGGGCGUGAUGUCAUCAAGGAGUCCGUCAACACAGAGAGUGGAGGUUCCGCCACCUUGCCCAAGAGCCGUCAGAGACACACGAUGACGAGCGUGCGCAGCGUCAUGGGGAUAAGCGAUAACCUGUCAUCAAAGAAUCAACCUGCUAGCAGAGGAAGGGGCCUCCCCACUAAGUCCUCUUCCAGUUCAGCCCUCUACUCCUCGUCCUCCUCAUCUUCAGUCUUCAAUACGACCAACCCAAAACUGGCCAAGAAUGGAGCCAACCUGCAGAGACGUGCGGAGAGUCAGCAGCAGGAGCUGAGCAAGAUCCAUAAUGAUCCCAUGGAUAACUCCAAUUCUGACUGGCUCGAGUUUGAGAAAGAUAACUCGCAGCUUCCUCCAUUCCGAAGGAGAACAAAGAGCUUCCUGGAGUACCACGACAAAGGCUGGGACCUGAGCUGGGCAAACAAGGAGAACAAGGAGGAGAAGAAACAGCAGCAGUCUUCCCCAGAGAAAGAACAGGCCAGCCCGGUCAAGGAGAGAGAGAGCCAGAAGGAAGAGAAGCCCAGCAGCAAGGAAGAGGCGGUGCCAGUGGUGGAAGAAGAGGAAGAGGAUGAAGACCCAACACCAACUGCAAGACAGCCUCUCUUACCUGUAGUGGUCGAAGCCCCACUUUGCUCCUCCUCCUCUUCGUCUACCAACAGCCCAGAGUGGGCGGCAGACAAACACCUCCAGAACCAGGCUACAUCCCAGAUCCAAGAAGAGCACUGCCUCCAGUUGCUGGGAAGUCCGAGAAGUCCCGCAAAGCCUCCUCGGAGCUCCCAGCCCAGGGUGAUCAAGGUGGAGCUGCACCCCAACAAUGAGAACCAGUUUUUGCAACAGUACCCACCGUCCUCCCCUAAGCAGACCAGGUCCAGUGAGAGGAACACCCCAACAAGGAACCGGGGUCUCCCUCCUAUCAUGCCAGAUCCCCAACCAGAGAUGGGUCUCCCAAAAGUGAGCUUAAGAAUGGAUCUGACUCCUGAUACGCCAUCGGAGGAUGAAGACUCCAGCUGGACCACUCUGUCCCAGGAGUCACCCUCACCUCAAAGUCCACAAGAGACAGAUGUUUGGGGUGAGGGGGACCUGCCCCCAGGUUGGAGGGAAAUCUCCGACUCAUCAGAGGUCUAUUUCUGGCACAUACCCACCGGUACCACUCAGUACCACCGACCUGUUGCCGCCGGCAACCAGCCCACGUGUGCCAUCGAGGAGCCUGAUGCGGAGAACAAACCACAACAGGAGACGCACGACACGCUUAAACCACCCAACGAGCGUCCCAGCAGUCUCAUCUCAGACAGCUCGGUUGAGCCUGUCCCCUCCCCUUCUGGCUCCUCCCCCUCCUCCCUCUCCUCCACCCCCUCCAAUGAUGUCAUCUCUUCUGCACUGAAUCUCAACAGCACCACCUGCACCGUCAAUGAGCUGAAGGACUAUCCAAUCUAUCCUGACCCCAGCCUGAAGGCAUUUGAAGGGGCCACCCUUCGCUAUGCUUCACUCAAACUCAACCCUGCGGCGCCUUUGGAGACCGUGGACCUCAACAACACCUUCCCUAAUGCAGAAGCAAUGUCGUUCCCAGUGCGAUCCUUGGGCUGGGUGGAGAUGGCCGAACAAGACCUGUGUGAGGGGAGGAGCAGUGUGGCUGUCCAUCACUGUAUAAGACAACUGUCCUACUGCAGGAGAGACAUUCGAGACUUGGCUGGUGUAUGGGGAGAGGGUAAAGGGAUGCUGCUGGUGCUUCAGGACCGCAUGUUGACUCUAGUUGACCCAGAUGAUCGAAGUCUCCUCCAUUCUCAGCCAAUCAGCAGCAUCCGUGUGUGGGGAGUCGGCCGGGACCAUGACAGGGACUUUGCCUACGUGGCGAGGGACAAGAACACACGGGUGCUGAAGUGUCACGUGUUCCGAUGUGAUACGCCCGCCGCAGCCAUCGCCACAAGUCUCCACGAAAUCUGCUCCAAGAUUAUGGCUGAAAGGAAAAGUGCCAAGGCUGCAUCUGGCAGCUCCUCCCAGACUGGGUCUGACGUGCCCCUGCAAGAGUUCCCCAUGCCAAAGACCGAGUUGGUGCAGAAGUUCCAUGUGCUGUACCUGGGUAUGACGUCAGUGUCUCGGCCCAUAGGUAUGGACAUCAUAAACGGCGCGAUUGACAGCCUGGUGUCCUCCACCGGCAAGGAGGACUGGACCCCUGUGAUUCUGAGUAUCGCUGACACCACUCUGGCUGUUAUCAAAGAAAAGGAGGAGGAAGAAGAAGUGCUGGUGGAGUGUCGGGUCCGUUUUUUGUCCUUCAUGGGUGUUGGGCGGGACAUCCACACAUUUGCCUUCAUCAUGGAUACUGGAAGCCAGCACUUCCAGUGUCACGUGUUUUGGUGCGACCCCAAUGCAGGAUGUGUGUCUGAAGCUGUGCAGGCAGCAUGUGUGUUGCGGUAUCAGAAGUGUCUGGUGGCGCGGCCGCCCUCGCAACGCGCCGGUUCCUCGUCCUCGCCCGCCGCCGAACCGGUGACCCGCCGAGUGACCACCAGCGUGAAGCGCGGCGUCCAGUCUCUCAUAGACACUCUGAAACCUAAGAAACAGCCGUCAGAACUCCCCCAGCAAUGACCCCCCCACCCCCACCAGUGAGCACAGCACCUCCCAGGCCAAGCCACAGCUUUGCUGCCAUGGUAACCAGUGAUGUACUGUACAUAUAUGUUAGCUCACGCCACAAGGAAAGAAGAAUGAGCGGAAUGGUCAGGGGUGGGUUUUUUUGUUUUUAAUGAAGAUGACAUGGUGUUCACGCGAAAACAAAAACACUGGAAUUGCUCCGGAGGUGCUCUCCUGUUCAUGGGAUCGCUUUCAUCCACGGCGGAGGCACCAAGCGCUCAUGCUGCGUCAUCAGAUGGAACCUUCCAGCAACCCACUAAAUUUGCUGCAUUUAAAUGUCGCAAUCCAUUAGAUGAGAGGGAAGAAAAGCUCUUGGAGAGGAUUGAAGUGAUUGUAAUCAUAAUAAUCAAUGCAAAAGAAUCUGUGUAGGAGGAAGGCACACAAUAUAUGUAGGAAAGCGAGAGCGAUGGCUUUUUGAUUGUGCAUGUCGUCUUGACAGUUUUAUGUUGAUGAGUUCUUGAGAUCCCGAGUAUUAAAGAGUGGUGAACACACAUGAAGUACGGUACUGUAGAUGCUCUCUGCACAAGUCAUCUCGACUUGACCGCAAAUGGAUUCACAUUGGCACAAAAAAUAACCCCUUAAUACUCGUUAUUAUUCCUUGUCAUCGUGUGUCCCAUUCACUCAAAGCCGCAUUUUUAAUCCGUUUUAUAUUAGUCACUGUUUUGCUUUCAUGUGUCGAGUUGACAAGAUAAAGAAUGUCACGUUGCUAAACGUCGACACGUCACUCUGUCCUCAGGAAUCUUUAUGCAUAUACAAAGUAUUUAUAUCAACAGAGGUCAGAUGGGAAGAGCUUAGCUCCCACAAAUAACGUAAAUACACCCACAAACGACAGUGCAUAGCGGUAAAAUGUCCGACGUCACUGCUUUUAAAGGGCCAGCGCGCCAGCACCUGCACUCCACUUGCAAUCUGUCAACGCAGUCUGACCUUACACCAAGCCAACAAUGAAAUGCUGUAUACCAUGUCAGGCUCGGUCAUCACACGUCCACACCAUGUAAAAUGUUAUCUGUUGUGACAAUAAAUGCAUUAACAAUAAAGAAAAAUGAGCGGC